AUGGACAGUGAUGGAAAGUCUGCGGAUCAUCUCCAACCUGGGGACCAGAAGGACAGUGAUGGUGAGAGUGAUGUGGCACCAAAGUCUGCGGAUCAUCUAUCACCUGUGGAGCUGAUAGACAGUGAUGGUGAGCAGGACAUGGAACCAAAGUCUGCGGCUCAUCUCCUACCUGGGGACCAGAAGGACAGUGAUGGAGAGAGUGAUGUGGCACCAAAGUCUGCGGAUCAUCUAUCACCUGUGGAGCUGAUAGACAGUGAUGGAGAGAGUGAUGUGGCACCAAAGUCUGCAGACCAUCUGUCACCUGUGGAGCUGAUAGACAGUGAUGGUGAGCAUGACAUGGUACCAAAGUCUGCGGCUCAUCUCCUACCUGGGGACCAGAAGGACAGUGAUGGUGAGCAGGACAUGGAACCAAAGUCUGCCGAUCAUCUCCUACCUGGGGACCAGAAGGACAGUGAUGGAGAGAGUGAUGUGGCACCAAAGUCUGCGGAUCAUCUAUCACCUGUGGAGCUGAUAGACAGUGAUGGUGAGCAUGACAUGGUACCAAAGUCUGCCGAUCAUCUCCUACCUGGGGACCAGAAGGACAGUGAUGGUGAGCAUGAAAUGGCACCAAAGUCUGCGGGUCAUCUAUCACCUGUGGAGCUGAUAGACAGUGAUGGUGAGCAUGACAUGGAACAAAAGUCUGCGGCUCAUCUCCAACCUGGGGACCAGAAGGACAGUGAUGGUGAGAGUGAUGUUGCACCAAAGUCUGUGGAUCAUCUGUCACCUGUGGAGCUGACAGACAGUGAUGGUGAGCGUGAUGUGGAACCAAAAUCUGCGGAUCAACAGCAAAAUCAAAAGAAGGUGGAUCCAUUUGGUGUUCAUCUUUAUACUGAGACAGGACUGGUCAUUCUUGUACAACAUCUAAGGAAAGGACCUGUUACUUUGCAUCUAGAUGCUACUGGAGGGGUUGUGAGUCGAAUUCCAAGUCAGGCAAAGAGAGUGUUCUAUUACAGCAUCAAUCUACCCGGACAUGGAAAAGACAAGCCUCCUCUCCCUGUGUCUGAAAUGAUCACAAAUGAUCAUACAAUUCCUAAUGUUUCCUUCUGGUUGCAUCAAACUGUAACCAAGAUACGGAAACUCACCUUGUACAACAUACACCAGGUUGAAACCGACUAUAGUUGGGCACUCAUCCAGAGUGUCCUAUUGUCGUUCAACAAACAAGAUAUUAAUACAUACCUAAUGGAAAGCUACAAUGUAGUCAAAGGAAACAACACCAUGACAGAGUUCAGGAGAUUAACUGUUCUGCACCUAUGUUCUGCCCAUAUCAUUAAGGCAGUACAAGGAGCUAUUGGCAGAAAAACAACUGACAAGGGUUUGAAAGAGUUUGCUACUCACUGUGUGGCACAACUGAUGAACACAACAAGUCUGCAGAGGGCAUUAGACAUUUUUAAGUGCAUGUGCUAUGUAUUUUACACCAAGUCAAACACACAGUGUGUAAAUCAGUCUCUUCAAACACUUCAGGACCACAUUCGUGGAAUAAUAAUUCCAGAAGAUACACUGGAUGAGAAGCAGGCAGUGGACGACUACAUCCCUCCAGAGGCAAAAACAAUAUUGGCCAGGUCACCAUUUACCAAAGAGUUUGGUAGUGUACUUGAGGCUGUCAUGGCUAUUGAAGAUCCUGAGUUGGAAAAUCAAAUGGACAACAACAAAUAUCAUUGUCCUGAGAUACUGGAUAUUCUGAUGAAAGACUACAUGCCAAUUUUUCCACUCUGGUCAGGGCUAAUGCUGGGUGAUUUGAAAAGAUUCAAAGACAGAGAGUCUAUCAGAGAUGACAGCUACGUACAGAAAACACAUGACACCAACUGUCAUGCUGAAAAUUGGUUCUGUAUCGUCAAAGACAAAAUCCUACUGAAAAAACUGCACCAUCGACCAGCAACAUUUAUUCAAAAAAUGUAUGCAUCAUUGCAGGGAAGGUAUAGAGAACAUAUUCUUCAACAUGACCUUCCAGACAGAAUGUUACAGAAGCGUUUCAAUGUGAAACAACACAGUUUGGAAGACUUUGAAGAAAAAUGGUCCAAGAAGAGCAUGCGUGACCGAAAAGAAAAGAAAACAAAGUACUUUCAUACCCCAGAAGUGAUGCCUUGUCCUAAAAAAACAGCAUCAAAAGCUUCUGUCAGACAGCCAAAGUCAAAAAUAAAGGAGAAGGACAGUGUCCAAGUAGUGUCGGACAGUUCACAGACAUCAAAAGCUUCUGUCAGACAGCCAAAGUCAAAAAUAAAGGAGAAGGACAGUGUCCAAGUAGUGUCGGACAGUUCACAGACAUCAAAAGCUUCUGUCAGACAGCCAAAGUCAAAAAUAAAGGAGAAGGACAGUGUCCAAGUAGUGUCGGACAGUUCACAGGCAUCAAACGAUUCUGUCAGACAGCCAAAGUCAAGAAUGAAAGAAAAGGACAGUGUCCAAGUAGUGUCGGACAGUUCACAGGCAUCAAAAGCUUCUGUCAGACAGCCAAAGUCAAAAAUAAAGGAGAAGGACAGUGUCCAAGUAGUGUCGACCAGUUCACAGACAUCAAAAGCUUCUGUCAGACAGCCAAAGUCAAAAAUAAAGGAGAAGGACAGUGUCCAAGUAGUGUCGGACAGUUCACAGACAUCAAAAGCUUCUGUCAGACAGCCAAAGUCAAAAAUAAAGGAGAAGGACAGUGUCCAAGUAGUGUCGGACAGUUCACAGGCAUCAAAAGCUUCUGUCAGACAGCCAAAGUCAAAAAUAAAGGAGAAGGACAGUGUCCAAGUAGUGUCGGACAGUUCACAGGCAUCAAAAACUUCUGUCAGACAUCCAAAGUCUACAAUGAAAGAAAAGGACACUGAGGACACAACUCAUGUCUGUAAUGAGGACAUUGUACAGGCUUUUUGGAAUUCAAAGGACUGUGAAGUGGUGGUUGUCAGUCAGUUGACAAGAAAGUGACAUAUACAUUGCGCUUAACAGGGUUCAAAACCUUGAAACCACACAACUGGUUGACUGGGGAGGUUAUCGAAAGCUACAUCCAAACCUUGUUAAAUUCCAAAGGUUAUGGAAAGUACAUCUUUUUAUUCAACCACUUCUCUGCCGGUGUUGUUGUAUUUGGGGAGAGAUCUGUCAUGUCCAGGCACAGUUACCGAAAGGUUAGACUUUACGGUUGUUAUUCUGUACAAAAUGAAAAGGUCAAAAAGACAAGUACAAUAAUAUAAUAUAAUAUUUCAACUCAUUUGAAGG